CCCCGGCAAGACGAACCCCCUGGACGGACUACGCUCCGUGGCGGAAAAAGGUGGAACUAUGUACAAAUAUUUUGUCAAGAUCGUCCCAACGAUGUGGCAGAGAAGAGAUGAUUUUACUUUGUUUACAAACCAGUUUUCCGUCACCCGUUACCACCAGGCGUUGAACGAGUUUUCUGACGGGAGCUCGGCCCCGGGCGUGUUCUUCGUGUACGAGUUUGCCCCGCUGAUGGUCAAGUACAGCGAAAAAGUCAAGUCGGUCGGUCAUUUUGCCACUAACCUCUGCGCCAUUGUCGGCGGCGUCUUCACCGUGGCCAGUCUUCUGGACGCCUUCAUCUUCCACUCGGUCCGUGCCAUCCAGAAGAAGAUAGAGUUGGGAAAGCAGGGCUGACGUAGAGCCCUGAGUAGACGAGUGGCCUUCGGUAGAGCUACACCAACGGUCUUCGCCAUGUUUUGACGCGUGGUGAACGGGUCAGGUACAGCUUUCUGAUGGAGGUGGGCAAACGGGCCUCGUCGUAAUAUCUAGGAUGCUAGAGAUGAUCGAUGAAGGCUACCUGAUGGGUCCAGUGAUGGUGGUUUACGGGGGAGGGGAAAGACCGGUGAGGUUCAUUGUAUACGUGCUGGGGUGUGCUGACGCUCUUGGGAUGCUGCUGUUGUGCUAUGUCUUGUUUUGCCCCGUUGCAACGCGGCGUAUCUCACACACCAGUUGUGGGUGGUUGUCGCACUGCUUGCUCUCGUGCACCGGUGCACAGUAAACGUGUCACUUGCGCCCAUGAAAUUAGCAGAGGAAAGCAGCGGUUCAUCUUGAGAUGACGUAUUUGAGGCCUUCGUGAGGGAGGUUUGUCUUGCGCUUUCAACUCUGUGGAUCUUUGCCGUGUCGUCGGUGGUAAACGUAGGCGUAAAUCACUGACACAGGUGGGCACACAUGAUGAAUGUGUUUUAUCUCGCUGCAACCAAUGUCUUGACUUUGUCGGGUCCUGCGCAUGGUCUCCCCGGAGAGAUUGUGCUCUAACUGUCCUGAGCUGGUGGAACUUCUUAUUACACUAUGCAUGUUGUUUGGGUAUUGUGUGUCGUGUGUUACAGGAAUGGUUUCUUGUGUUGUUUUAUACCCGUCCGAUAAAGGCUUUACUGGAA